ACCUCGUCGUCGUCGUCAGCUCGGAGAUCUCGCCUUCCCGCCGGCAGCAGCCAUGGACGCCGUCGACUCCGUUGUGGACCCCCUCCGUGAGUUCGCCAAGGACAGCGUCCGCCUCGUCAAGCACUGCCACAAGCCCGACCGCAAGGAGUUCACCAAGGUCGCGGCGCGGACGGCGAUCGGGUUCGUCGUCAUGGGGUUCGUCGGCUUCUUCAUCAAGCUCAUCUUCAUCCCCAUCAACAACAUCAUCGUCGGCUCCGGCUAGGUGCGAACGCGUCUCCUCCGAUCCCGUCUCCCUCUUGCUUGCACGGUUUAGUUAGACUUGGUUCCUGUUGUCUCGUGCUGUGAUCUGUUGGAUCUGCGGUGUACGCGCC